AUGGAGAAUGCAACUCAAGUCAACCAAACCUCAACUUCCACCACCACCACCAUCACCGCCGCCACCGUCUCCUCCUCGGCAUCGUCCACCUCAGCCUCUUCUUGGCCUUCUGCCUCAAAGGGAUGCAAGUCUCAGAAAGGUUCAAAAAGAGCUCCAAAGGGAAACAAUGGCAAUGAGGAAAAGAAAGCGGGUAAAAAUGGUGGUGGCGGUGGCGGUGGCGGUGGUGGCAGUGGUGGGGAGGAGGGAGAAGAGCACCUCACUUAUCGUGGUGUAAGAAAGAGGAGUUGGGGGAAAUGGGUCUCUGAAAUUCGUGAGCCACGGAAGAAAUCAAGAAUAUGGCUUGGAACAUUCCCGACGGCUGAAAUGGCAGCUCGAGCCCAUGACGUAGCGGCUAUAGCCAUAAAAGGAGCCUCGGCUUACCUAAAUUUCCCUCAAUCAGCACAUCUUCUUCCACAGCCAGCCACAAGAUCACCCAAAGAUAUCCAGGAAGCCGCCGCAAAGGCUGCGGUCAUGACAUAUGGCAGAGAUGGAGAAGGAGCCGAGCCCGAUAGCCAACCCAUGCUUUCUCACUCUCACUCUCACUCCUCAACCACUUUAUCAUCAGAUCAUACCCAAGAGGGAGCCGAGCCAGCUGAAAGCCAAGAAACAAUGGCUUCCGACGAUGAUACAUUUUUCGACUUACCGGAUCUUUCCCUCCACCACACCGGCCAAAACAAUGGAUUCUGUAUCGCUUCAUCAUGGCAGCUGGUGGCCGGUGUGGAUACCGGCUGCCGGCUUGGAGCCGAAGAGCCAUUUCUUUGGGAGAUAUAUUAGCUAGCUAGCUAGCCAGCUUAUAAUUAUUAAAAAAUAAUUUAAAUAAUCUUUGUAAAGUAAAAUAAAUUAAACACAAUUUCUGAAUUUACCACAUAUAUACCGUUAAAUUAUUAU